AUGUCGCAGCUCACACCUGAAGUCCUAUGGGCCCAGCGCUCCUCCAGCGUUGACCCGGAGAAGAACUUCAUCUACCUCACCAUCUCCGUCCCCGAUGUCCCCAAGGAGAGCCUCAAGCUCGACCUCAAGCCCACCACCUUGAUCUUCAGCGGCUACUCAAACACCCUCAAGCGGGAAUACUCCCUCAACCUCGAGUUCUACGCCGAGAUCGACCCCGAAGCCUCCCAGGUCCACCACACUGCCAGAAAUGUCGAGCUCAAGCUCCGCAAGAAGGAGCUCAAGGAGGAAUACUGGCCUCGUCUCCUCAAGGAGGCUAAGAAGGUCCAGUUCCUCAAGACCGACUUCGACAAGUGGGUCGACGAGGACGAGCAGAACGAGGCCCCCGAGGAUGACUUCUCCCAGUUUGGCGGUGCCGGUAUGGGUGGCAUGCCCGGAAUGGGUGGCGGUGACUUCGGUGGUAUCGACUUCUCCAAGCUCGGAGGCGCCGGUGGCCUGCCCGGCGGUCUCGGUGACGAGGAGGAGGAGGAAGACGAGGAGGAUGAUGACGACGACAUGCCCGCCCUCGAGGGUGAGGAGGACUCCAAGGCCGCCGCCAAGCCUUCAGCAUAA